AUGGCAAACAACCCUGCAUCCUCCCAACCUCCCAAGAGGGACUCGUCCUCCGACUCGUCCCCUGACGCAUCCACCUCUCGCACAAAUGCACACGAUCAAAAGACCGACGUUGACUCUGACUCCAAGGGCACCUCUGCUAGGGAAGAAGUCAAGAUCUACAAGGCCAUCUCCCGAGUCCACCGUGCUUGCAACGCUUGCCGCAAGCAAAAGGCAAGAUGCGAUGGGCCCGAAAACCCGCCUUGCCGCAGAUGCAAGCAGGUCGGCAUCGAGUGUAUCUUUGAAAAGCCGCCCAAGGAAUCAACUCCCUCCAACGCCGCAGCUCCUGAUACCGGUGCCAGUGCAGAUCGCAUCCGCAUCUUGGAGACGCAAAUGUCCGGCAUGCAGAGCAUGAUCUCGGAACUCGUCGCUUCUAUCAAGGCUAAUACGAGCGCCAUGACUGCUUCACCAUCUCAGAGUCUGCCGCCACCGCAUCCAUCGCCUCGCGAGUCGUCCGUAUCUUCAAGCUCGCCUCACUCAGCACGCGCUUCAAGGCCAGAGCCGUACCAUUCGCAUCGCCAGCAAAGCACUCCCCUUCAGCAGCAUCCGUAUGCCCCUCCACCGCAUCAUCGAAAUUCACAGCAUCCGAUUUCGCCAUCUGCAGAUUCCAUUCAUAGGUAUCCUUCAGAUGGUACAGUUGGCUCCGGUCAUCCGCAGCGCCGCCCGGCUUAUCCUCCCGCAAAUCGCUCGUAUGGCAGCAGCAGCAGCAUCGUCGGCAUCUCGUCUAACUCUAUGGCAUCUGCGCCCAUUCAUGCUCCGUCCGGAUACCCGCUUCAGCAGCCACCCUCGUUCCAGACCACGUACGGUCAUCCCCCGUCUAGGAACGACGCUAUGCUUCUCCAGCAGCAGCCCGAAUCUGAAUCGUUCGAUAGCACUUCUCACCAUCAUAGCGUGUGGAAUGCCGGUGCGAAUGCCUCUUCUUCUUCUUCAAAGUCCCUGCCGGCCAACACCCAUGCUAGACGUCCAAGCGGCUCGCGAGUUGGGUUCAGUCAUGAGGAUCGAGGUCGGUCUUCACAACCGUGGCAGCACUCGAACCUCACUGGAUCUCCAUCCUCUGCAGCACCAGAUACGGCUGCUGGAAUUGCUUCAACUGGAACUUCGUCCGCAUGGAUGUCUUCAUCAGCUACAUCUAGCCAUCAGCCACGCCGCUCGAGUCGUCCCCGCUGGACUUCCUCCGAUCGCGCGGGCAGCCACACUCACAGCUUGGACCAGAAUCUCACGCCUUCCGACGGCCCCACGGCAGGCGAAGAUGGCGAGCCACGCGAAACUGAUAUUAGCAACGACCAGCUCAGCGCGCCUAUCGAAGCGCUCCGGGGUCUUGCUGACGCUGCUGCCGCCGCUGCGGAAUCCGAGGGUCACACCUCGAACGACUCUAGCGAUGAAAAGCAAACGGAAGCUGACAAUGCAGGUGGGCGAUCCAAGCAGCCUGAUUCGGCUGCGACUCCAACGCUUCAGCUCGUGGAUGAAGGCGGCAAUCGCAGCGCGCUUGCUAAGCAGGAUGAUGACUCGCCAGAUGCGAUGGGCAAGUCGCCUCGUAAGAAGAGGCGACGCAAUACUCAUGCUGACUCGCCAGGUUCUGCGGCUGCAAGUGGCGUCGGUAUCGAGGGUAAGGCUGGCGGUGCUGCUACAGGUGCGUCUGCAACAGCCGCUGUCAAUGCCGGAUCCAACCCUGCUUCGGCCCUUUCGCCUUCGAGCAUAAGUCGGUCAGGCAGGAUGGAAGCGCCUGGUCUCGUGUCAAGUGUGCCCGGCGAUUUGGUCACCCUCGGCUUGGUCAACGAGACCGAUGCGAUGCGUCUCUUUGAAACGUUCCAGAAAGGUGUGCCCAAAUUCAUCUCCAUCUUCCACCUGGAAGACGAACCCAUGACUACCGAAGAAGCCUACCACCACGUGCGCACCACAUCGUACUUCCUCUUCAAUGUCAUGCUUGCCAUCGGGGCCAAAGUGGAAUGUGGUGGCAAGAGUCCAAGCCGUCUGUACCAGACGUGUAUGGCGCAGGCGAAGCGGAAUGCCAAGGAUACCAUGUUCAGCCCCGUGGCGGGCAAAGCGGCCGUGCAGGCGAUGGUGUUGCUUGCUGCGUACAGCGAAAAUGGCUGGCUUUCGUUGGGUUUGUCGAUCCGAAUGGCGCAGGAGCUGGGACUGGAUCGGUCGUUCCAGAAGCUCAUGUCGGCGCUGCCUUCGUCGGGAUAUGUUCGCCAUCCACAACCGCCGCCGCCUCCAAAGCAUUUGACGUUCUACCACAACUCCCCAUCGUCGCAUUACACGGGAUCGCCGACAGAUGUCAACUCGGUCGGGGGCGAGUCGGUGGAUGGCAAGAACGGUGGGCCCGCCAAUGCUGCGGGUGCGAAUGCGGUUGCUGCCAAUGCGGCGGCGAACGGGAAUGCGGACGCUGCGGCCAAACGCGAGCUGGACGAGCUGAAGGACUUGGCGCGCGGCUCGAGGCUGUGGUUCUUCCUGUUCCUGUUCGAUCAUCAGGCGUCGUACGGUGCCGGACGGCCGGCGAUGCUGUCCAAGCACUACGUGCGCAACUGCCGGGCGUUCUUGAACCUCAACUAUCCACUCACGGUGAAAACGGAUGCGCGCUUUAUCAGUACGUUAGAGCUGCUGAUUAUUCGCGAGACACACUACGAUGCUAUGGCGCCGUACGACCAGCCGGUGGACGCUCGGAUGUUGUCGAAGAUGCGCAAGGUGACCGAGGAGCUGAACGAGUGGCAUCAGUACUGGUCGGGCGACUUCGAGGGGCGCGGUUACAACCAGGAUUCGUUCUUCCAGCAGUCCCUCGUGCUGCAGUGCGCGAGUGCUGAGCUGUACCUCUCGUGUACAGCGCUGCGCGGCAUCCGGGAUGCCAACGACGCCGAUCAGAUGGGUCCCGAACAGAAGGAGCUCAUCAUCCAGGCAACGAGGGCAGCAGAUACGUGCCUGAGCAUCUCGGUGAAUGCGAAAGAGUACCGCGAGAUGCUCGGGUGGGCCCCACACUACACGCACGUCACCGCUGCGUUCGCGUGCGUGUUCCUCAUCAAGAUUGCGCGUCUCUUCCCGCGCCAGGUCGACACGUAUGGGAUCUUCAGCAAUGCGGAGCGGCUCGCGAGCAGGCUGGCAGAAGUACCGGCUGGCAAGUAUGCGAGGGUGAUCCGCAUUCUGUUGGCACAGGCGUGGAAGAAGAUUGCCGAUCUGAGUCCUGCGAUUGGACUGUAUGCCGCGCUGGGCGCCGAGGCGACGAGGCCGGGGGCUAUCACUCCCGCGGAGAUCAAGACCGGCGGGCCGAGCGAUUCGGGGAUCAGCUUGUUGUACAAGUUGUUGCAGGAGUACCAGAGUGGGCAGAUCGACGGGGAAGCUGAGGAGGGCUCGGCAGCGGCGGCGACUGCGAAUGCGAAUGCGAAUACGAAUGCAGGCGGUGGCGGUGGUGGAGACGUACCUAGCGGAUCAGGGGCGCGUACGCCGGGGUUCAGUGAGCUGCUCAGUAGCGGCAGAUGGUUGACGGCGGGGAUGGCGUCGCCUUCGGUCGGGGCUGGGGGGUUGUUUGGUGGAUUGGGUGCCGCUGCGGGGGGUUCUGGGACACUGUCGCCGACAAAGGCCGGGUUGGGAGGGAUGUUUUCGCAUCGUGGGAGUAUCAGCGGAAUCGACUCGGGUCUCGGAGGUGUUGUAGGGGCGAAUGGCGGGGUCGGGGAUGGAGUUACGUGGUCGUCGUUCCUUGCUCCUCAUACGCCCUUUGAUCCGUCGGCGGCGAAUGCUCACAGCGGCAGUGGAGGCGGAGGCCACCAUCCGAUUCAGUUGCCGCUGUGGAUGCAGGAGAGUACCGGUGCUACUGCAGCGGCCGAUAUGGGAGGGUUUACCGGCGAGAGUAAUACAGAGGCACCCAAGGCUUCGCCGGCACAGGCGAGGAGUUGGGGACAUCAGGAUCACUAUCAGUCGCCUAUCCCACAUAGUGGUAGCUAUACGUCGCCCAGUUACCAGACGCCGCAAUCGCAGAUGCAGCACGGUCGGCAUGACAAUGGGAAUGGGAAUGGCCUGCUGGGGGCGCAGAUGCCGCAUGGAUCGCAGAGGGGGUCGACCUCGUUAGGUGUCCCGCCGUCGCCGUCGCAGGUGGCGCCGCCGCCGCAGCAGCAGCAGCAGGGGCAGGGACAGGGACAGGGACAGGGACAGCAAGGGCAACAAGGUCAGCAGCAGGGUGUGGCAGCGGGUGCUGGAGGAAACAUGUUCGCCGCAUCGACGAACUUUGAUAGCGUGCUGUCGGAUCUAGGGCUGCCUCUGGACGGCUUGGACGGCCUGUUUGUCGAUCUGCCCAUCAAUGCGGGUUCUACUCAGAGCGGGUAUUCGGUGUAA